GGCGGGAGGGGAGAGGCGUGACCAAGAUAAGGGAGGCGUAGUGCUUUGCAGUACCUCUGUGUGACCCUUCAGCUGCUACUGUAGAGAGAAGACCUACGUCCAAGCUAACAGCUGGAGUCUUUUGAGGAACACUUCACUCCUGUCUCUGGGAUUAAAGGGGAAGCCGAAACCUGGGAAGGGCACGGCUAUCUUCUGCAGCUUGCGUGGCUACUGCAGCAGUAGCAGGUAGAAAGAUUACUGCAUCAACUCACUGAAGCAAUAGCCUCACUCUUUGUCUUUUAAACUUCAUCAACAAUGAAGCGAUGAUAUCAGAGAACAAAAGAACAUUUGCCAACUAACUGUCAUCACAAUUUCAAGUGCUUGUAUAAGCAGAAACAAGCUGCAACAGAGCUCUGUGUCAGCUAGUAUAGAGAGAAUGGUUUAUUUAGGAGCAGUUUUAGUAUAGUGCUUUAUAUCUGUAUCAGAUGAAAUAAAAAUGAGUGAGACCCCCAGAUUCUUUGUUGGACCUGAAGAUACAGAAAUAAACUCAGGAAAUUAUCGACAUUUCUUCCACCAUGCAGAUGAAGAUGAGGAGGAAGAGGAUGAGUCUCCACCAGAAAGGCAGAUUGUGGUUGGAAUAUGUUCCAUGGCAAAGAAAUCCAAAUCCAAACCAAUGAAGGAAAUUCUUGAACGGAUCUCCUUAUUUAAAUAUAUCACAGUAGAAGUAUUUGAAGAAGAUGUUAUUUUGAAUGAACCAGUAGAAAACUGGCCUUUAUGUGAUUGUCUUAUUUCUUUCCAUUCUAAAGGAUUUCCACUGGACAAAGCAGUUGCCUAUGCAAAACUCAGGAAUCCAUUUGUAAUCAAUGACUUGAAUAUGCAGUAUCUCAUACAAGAUAGAAGAGAAGUAUAUAGUAUUCUUCAAGCUGAAGGUAUUUUACUUCCUCGUUAUGCAAUUUUGAACCGUGACCCAAAUAAUCCCAAAGAAUGCAAUCUGAUUGAAGGGGAAGAUCAUGUAGAAGUAAAUGGUGAAGUUUUUCAAAAGCCUUUUGUAGAAAAGCCAGUCAGUGCUGAAGAUCACAAUGUUUACAUUUACUAUCCAACAUCUGCUGGUGGUGGAAGUCAAAGACUUUUUCGAAAGAUUGGCAGUAGGAGUAGUGUUUAUUCCCCAGAAAGCAAUGUACGAAAAACAGGCUCAUAUAUAUAUGAAGAGUUUAUGCCCACAGAUGGUACUGAUGUAAAGGUUUAUACAGUGGGUCCAGAUUAUGCGCAUGCUGAAGCUCGAAAAUCUCCAGCGCUUGAUGGCAAGGUGGAACGAGACAGUGAGGGAAAAGAAGUUAGAUACCCUGUUAUUCUUAAUGCACGAGAGAAAUUAAUUGCCUGGAAAGUCUGCCUUGCUUUUAAGCAAACAGUUUGUGGUUUUGAUUUGUUACGAGCCAAUGGACAGUCCUAUGUCUGUGAUGUCAAUGGCUUCAGUUUUGUGAAAAAUUCCAUGAAGUAUUAUGAUGAUUGUGCAAAAAUACUUGGCAAUAUUGUAAUGCGAGAACUUGCUCCACAAUUUCAUAUCCCCUGGUCAAUACCCUUAGAAGCUGAAGAUAUCCCAAUUGUACCAACUACAUCUGGAACUAUGAUGGAACUUAGAUGUGUCAUAGCUGUGAUACGUCAUGGGGAUCGAACACCAAAACAAAAAAUGAAAAUGGAAGUGAGGCAUCAAAAAUUUUUUGAUCUUUUUGAAAAGUGUGAUGGAUACAAAUCUGGGAAAUUAAAACUCAAAAAGCCAAAACAGUUACAGGAAGUGCUGGACAUUGCCCGACAACUUCUUAUGGAGCUGGGGCAAAAUAAUGAUUCUGAAAUUGAAGAAAACAAGUCAAAACUUGAACAACUUAAGACUGUAUUGGAAAUGUAUGGCCAUUUUUCUGGAAUAAAUCGUAAAGUCCAAUUAACUUACCUCCCUCAUGGUUGUCCUAAAACAUCUAGUGAAGAAGAAGACAGCCGAAGAGAAGAACCAUCCUUACUUUUGGUUCUAAAAUGGGGAGGAGAACUAACUCCUGCAGGCAGGGUCCAGGCUGAAGAACUUGGAAGAGCUUUCAGGUGUAUGUAUCCUGGAGGUCAAGGAGAUUAUGCAGGAUUUCCUGGCUGUGGUUUACUGAGAUUACAUAGUACCUACCGACAUGACCUCAAAAUAUAUGCCUCUGAUGAGGGACGAGUCCAGAUGACUGCAGCUGCUUUUGCAAAGGGGCUCUUAGCUCUAGAAGGAGAGCUUACACCCAUUCUUGUUCAGAUGGUAAAAAGUGCAAAUAUGAAUGGCCUUUUGGAUAGUGACAGUGACUCCUUGAGCAGUUGUCAGCAACGUGUGAAAGCAAGACUUCAUGAAAUACUUCAGAAAGAUAGAGAUUUUACUGCUGAAGACUAUGAAAAGCUUACUCCAUCUGGAAGCAUUUCUCUUAUCAAAUCAAUGCAUUUAAUUAAAAAUCCUGUGAAGACCUGUGACAAAGUUUAUUCCUUGAUACAGAGUUUGACUUCUCAAAUCAGACAUCGAAUGGAAGAUCCCAAAUCAUCAGAUAUUCAGCUUUACCAUAGUGAAACAUUAGAGCUUAUGCUACGUAGAUGGUCCAAGUUGGAGAAAGACUUUAAAACAAAGAAUGGAAGAUAUGACAUUAGUAAAAUCCCUGACAUAUAUGACUGUAUAAAAUAUGAUGUCCAGCAUAAUGGUUCCUUGAAAUUAGAAAAUACAAUGGAAUUAUAUAGGCUUUCGAAGGCAUUAGCAGAUAUUGUUAUCCCUCAGGAAUAUGGUAUAACUAAAGCUGAAAAACUGGAGAUUGCCAAAGGCUACUGUACUCCUCUAGUUAGAAAAAUUCGCUCAGACCUCCAGAGGACACAAGAUGAUGACACUGUAAAUAAACUCCACCCUGUGUAUUCCAGAGGUGUUCUGUCUCCUGAACGUCAUGUCCGUACCAGGUUAUAUUUUACCAGUGAAAGUCAUGUACAUUCUUUACUAUCUAUUCUUCGCUAUGGUGCCUUAUGCAAUGAAUCAAAAGAUGAACAGUGGAAACGAGCUAUGGAUUACUUAAAUGUUGUCAAUGAACUCAAUUACAUGACUCAGAUUGUAAUCAUGCUUUAUGAGGAUCCUAACAAGGAUCUUUCCUCAGAGGAACGCUUUCAUGUUGAAUUACAUUUUAGUCCAGGAGCUAAAGGAUGUGAAGAAGACAAAAAUUUACCAUCUGGCUAUGGAUAUAGACCAGCUUCAAGAGAGAAUGAAGGCAGGAGAUCUUUUAAAACUGAUAAUGAUGAUGAACCACAUACUUCUAAAAAAGAUGAAAUUGAUCGUGCUGUGAUACUGUUCAAACCUAUGGUAUCAGAGCCAAUUCAUAUACACAGGAAGUCUCCACUUCCAAGAUCUAGGAAGAUGGCUACAAAUGAAGAAGAGAGCCCCCUGAGUGUGUCUAGCCCAGAGGGUACUGGUACCUGGCUGCAUUAUACCAGUGGUGUGGGUACUGGGCGUCGAAGACGCAGAUCAGGGGAACAAAUCACUUCUUCCCCUGUCUCCCCCAAAUCAUUGGCUUUCACAUCCAGUAUUUUUGGCUCAUGGCAACAGGUUGUAUCUGAAAAUGCUAAUUACCUGCGAACACCAAGAACUCUUGUGGAACAAAAGCAGAACCCUACUGUAGGCUUUGAGUUGUAUUCCAUGGUGCCAUCUAUUUGUCCUCUAGAGACUCUUCACAAUGCCCUGUCUUUAAAGCAGGUGGAUGAAUUUCUUGCUUCCAUUGCUUCUCCAUCAAGUGAAGUUCCACGGAAGACUCCUGAAAUUUCUUCUACAGCUUCACGUUCCAGUCCAGUAAUGAGAAGAAAAAUAUCUUUAAAUACAUAUACACCUGCAAAGAUCCUCCCAACACCACCAGCUACCUUAAAGAGUACGAAAGCAAGCAGCAAACCAGCUACCAGCGGACCUUCUAAUGCAGUUGUUCCUAAUACCUCAUCUCGAAAAAAGAAUAUAACUAACAAAACAGAAACGCAUGAACACAAAAAAACCACUGCGAAAAAGAAAUAAAAUUUUAGCAGAAGCUGGACCUCCUUAAAUAUAUGAAAAUCACGUGUUCAAUAGAAAAGGACACAUAAUAAACCUUGGCUGAAAACUGUCAAAGCAAGUAGUUUAUGUUUCUCCUUAUACGUCUCUGAAUUCAUUUUAAAAUAUGUUAAAUCUAGAGAAUUCAUCAUAUAUAUUCAGGUAAGGAACUUUUCUCAUGAUCUUGAAAUGUUUAAGACAAUGUUCAUUAACAUUUUAUGAGCAGCAAAAGUUAUGGUGAUGAAGGUCUGUCAUUCUUAAUGUUAUGUUUACCAUGUGCCCUUGGUAAAGACAAGGACAGAAAAGCCCAGCUAGCUUGUAUCAGUGUCACAUCAAUAAUGCUGUUUACUCAAGAAUCUGUGAGGUGACCUCUAUAUACACUUUCAUUUUCAUGGGAUUUUAUCUUAGCUGUAGAAACCUAUAGCUUGGGUUAGAAUUUGGCAGUCAGGAUUACUGAUUGCAGAUUUUUUAAGUGUAUUUCCAAAGAGAUUUCAUUGACCAUUUAGAUUAGAAACUCUUCCCCCCAAUUGUUAGAAUUACAGAUAUGCUGCAUUAUUUAAUAACUGGAGUAUUAGCAUAUGGAUUAUUUUUUCAAUAUGUGCUUUGAGUUUUUUUAUUGUGUGUUAUUUAAAAUAUUGCAUAUACAGCUGGGAUAACUACACCUUUAUGCACAUAGAUUUCUAUAUUAAUUUGUAGAAAAUACUUUCUUUAUAUAUUUCCUUACCAUAAGGUGCUUUUGCUUAUCAGGAAAAUUUUGCUUCAUGUGUUGGGAAGAAAGACAGCUUUAGAUUUUUUUUUUUUUUUAAGAGAUAUAGUUGACAAGUUUAUAAAUGUUACACUUAUUUUCAGAGUUCUUUUUAGAUCUAAGGAAAUCAGGUCAGAAAUGGAUAUCAUCAAUGUGAGAAGAAUGUCUGAAUUCUGUAGUUAGUAGAUAUUAUGUAUAGCACCUCCUUUUUUAGCAUUUCCAUUCUUAUCUCUAGUGUAUCAGUUGAUCUCACUAAGAAAGCUUAAAGAUUGAACACUUGCUCUUUUCAAAUGAUUAGAUUUUGAAAGGAUGUUGAGAUCAUUGUUUUGUGAUUUCAUCUGUGAUGUGAAAAAAUAUUUAUUAUCCUUGGUGCUUUUUUCCCCCUAAUGCACAAAUAAUUAUAAACCACUUGAAAUGACUUAAACAGUAAACCAAACAGUACAAGCUGAUAAGAAUUCCAUGCAUUGCCAUACAGGUCACUUAAAUUGCUAAAACUUUAGUUUGAAGCUUAUGUUUAGGCAAUUACUGAAUUCUCAUAUGAACACAACUAUUAAAAUUCUUCAGGAGACUCUCCUGACUUUAGAUCAUCAUCUAAGAAUUGACUUUUAGAAAAUAAGCAUAUUAUGUGUUAGUUUUAAAAGUACCAGAUGCAAAAGUCACAAAUAUAUACAAUUAUAUGUUUAUAUACUUCACGUGAAUGUAAUUGUAUUAUGUGGAGACAUGUCUUUUAAACAACUGAAUGUACCUAGGCUUUCUGUAUGUGAAAAUGUUAAUGUGCUCAGUGUGGGAGUAAGAAACUACUUUUAUUUUUUAAGUGAAACUGAAUUAAAAUAUUUUAUUUCCAG